AUGUCAUUGGAAGAUGGUGAAUAUGAACUAGACAUAUCUGUCUUACUACAGAAUGCUUCAACAAUAGAUACUCCUACUUCAACUUCUAAAGAUACUAGUGAAAAUAUAGCUAUACGAUAUGGAUUUAUACCCGAUUCAAUGGAUCAAUCAAAACCAUUGAAAUUAUAUCAAAAAGAUCAAACUUGUAUUUUAAAGGCAUUAUCUACUGAAGGAUCAAAUAAACCUAUAUUUUUUGAAGGUAUACCUCAACGUUAUCAUCGAAAUAGUACAAAUAGUUCAUCAUCAACUCCAAAUACUAAUAAUGGUGGGAAUAAUGAUUCAUUUUAUUUAACUUUUAAUAAAGAACUUAAUGGUAAUGUGGUACAUUUGAAAAAAUUGGAAAGUACUAUUAGAUUUAAUAAAAGUAGAAAUAUAGUUAAAGUUCAAAAACAAGUAAAUGAUAUGGAAAAAGAAUAUGAUCGAAGAAGAUCAAUUUUGAAAAAUUCAAGAUUAAAGAACAAUAAUACCAAUAAUAAUGACAAUAAAGACUCGUCACUACAUUUACCUAAUACUAAUACAUCAUCAAGAAGCACCCCUCCUAUAAGAUCAACACCUACCACCUCACCGUUAAGAAAACCACCAACAGCAAAGAAAACAACAACUAAACCAACUACUAAAAAUCAACCACAAUCACAAUCACAAAGACAAAAACAACAAGCUUCUAAAACAGUAUCAAGUAAGAGACCUCCUGUUUCUAGUAUAAGUACCCCAGAUCUUAAACCAGAACAAGCAUCAGAACCAAUUAUAAGUGAAUCUGAUUUUGAAGACUUGGAAAUGGAUGAUGCUACUAAUGAUAAACAACAUGAUUUCCCAGUACUUGAAUUUGAUUUCGAUGAUGAUAAUGAUAAUGAUGAUAAAGAACAAGAUAAACCACUAAAAGAAGAACCUACACUAAAAUCAAAACCUAAAACAACAACUAAUAAAAAACCAGCCAAACCUAAAACUACCAAACCUAAAAAACAAACCAAGACUAAAAAACCAAUUGAAAAUCCAGAUAAAAGUAUGGAAUUAGAUGAUGAAUUUAAAGAUUUGGAAGAUCAAUUACAAGAAGUUUUAGAAGGAGACGGGGAAGAAGAAGAAGAAGAUAUUGCUCCUGCUGAUGCAGAUGAAAUAGUCGUAGAGACACCACAAGAAUCUCAUACUAAUAUUUCAACAAUUAAAAAUGUAUCACCAACAAUUGAAGUAUCACUGAGUUUAGAUAAUAGAGAUGAUAGUAUUAUUGAUUCAGAUGAAAGUGAAUUUGAAGAUUUUCAUUUUACAGGAAUUAAAAUUGAUGAAGGAAAUUCAAGUAAUGGUAAUAAUAAUAAUAAUACAACUAAAAAACCAGCUUUUAAUUUAAAUACUACUGGUAAACCAAGAAGUUUAAGAGAUUUAGUAGGUGGUGGAAAUACUCCUUCACUCGCUGAUGGAAGUAGUAGUGAAGAAGAAUAA